GUGACUCAGAGAAUUUAUAGCUUUAAAUUGCUGUAUUUAUUAUUACAUCUGAGCUCUUUGGGUGGGCACUCCCUAAAUAUUUUAUUGAUAGAAUUCAGUGUAUGUAAUAAAAUUUAAACAGAAUGCAGUCAGUGGGAUGCUGCAUCAUUCAAUGUUUUUCUUUGCUUGAAAACAAAAAUGUCAAAUAACAGCUCUGGGGUUGUUAACAUUUUCCAGGAAUUGAUCAAUUUCCGGGCUAUGUUACUGCAAAUGUUCGUGAUUAUUUUUCUGUGCAUCAAUAUGCUGCUUAUUGUGACCUUUUUCAAAAAAGAGUGUUUCCACACAAGUGCUCGGUAUAUAUUAUUUGCUGUUAUGCUGCUUUCAGACAGUUUUGUGUUACUCCUAUCUGAUGUUUUGCUCAUCGUAAACUCUCUUGAGUUCACGAUACAGGUCUGGUUGUGUACCAUUAUUUCUGUUGUCACUGUCCUCUAUGUUAUGGCUACACCUGUGACUCUGACAGCAAUGACCCUUGAGCGUUAUGUUGCCAUUUGCCUACCCCUGCGCCAUGGGGAGCUGUGCUCCACACGGCGAUCAAUGCAUUGCAUCCUCAUCAUUCAUGGAGUCAGCUCUGUUCCUUGCAUCUUGAUUCUCACUAUGUUCUUUGGAACAGCCUCUUUGGGCCUCUACAAACAAAAGGCUUUAUGUUCAGUGGAGGUUUUCCUUUUGCAACCUUGGCAACGUCAUUUCAGGUCUGCUGUAAGUCAGUUUUACUUUUUGAUCAUGUGUAUCAUCAUCAUUUUCUGCUACAUUCAGAUAGUGAGGGUGGCCAAAGCUGCAUCAGCUGAGAAUAAACAGUCGACAAAGAGAGGACUCAGAACAGUGCUUCUUCACGCCUUCCAGCUGCUGCUCUGUCUCAUCCAACUGUGGACCCCCUUUUCAGAAGCUGCUGCACUUAAUGUUGAUGUUAAUUUAUUUGUGGACAUCAGGUUCUUCAAUUACAUGAUGUUUAAUCUUGCUCCAAGAUGCUUAAGUCCUCUUAUUUAUGGACUCAGGGAUGAAAAGUUUUUUCUCGCACUCAAAAACGAUGUUUGCCUCGGCUACUGUAAAAGAUACACAGUCUAAGUUGUCUUAAAAAUCCCGUAAAAUGUUAUUAUUGUUGUUGUUAUUAUCAUUAGUAUUGUUAGCAUUGUCUAGUGUGCAUCUGCCUUUCAACUAUAGACUGCUGGAGAUAAACACUAGCCCCCACACAGAAGGUUGUGUCUGCAAUUGUACAGCAGUUCUUGGGCCCCUUUUUAAUGUAGCUGAGAUAUGCAGCUUUUACUGUAUAAAUAGGUGUGAUUGUUGAUGUUCAUGUAUAAAGGAAAAAAAAUAUGUCAAUUUACAGUUUACUAACUGUGGACCGUCCAAGCAUCAAAUGCUCAGAAUGAAAUAACUUUUUUGAACAAUAUUUUAUUCCUAUGUGAACAUUAUUCUGUCCAACCAGCUAAGGAUUAUUUAUGGAUAUAAAAAAGUUUAAUUCUCUUUCCGUACAAUCUUGAAUAAUAGGUUAUAGUAGAGCCAGCUACAUUUAUUCAA